UUUCCUUAAUGGACUGCGGCACCAAACCCGAGCUGCAGACGGUACUGAACCAAUAUCUCUUCAAUACAAAACCUGAUAUUUUUUCAUCAGGGGAAAAAUGAAGCACAGUCGUGUGAUGGAGCUUCCAGAGGACUUCUGGAUCCCGGUUCAACUGGAUACAGACAACAUCACAUCUCUUAGUCCUUUUCUGGUUCCUCAGGACCAUCUUUCAAGUUCAGGCAUCUUCUAUGCAAUGUCCAUAUAUAUGUUUUUCAUAUUUACUGUUGGUACUUUUAUCAACGCUCUCACCGUUGCAUGUACCAUUCAAUACAAGAAACUCCGAUCCCACCUCAACUACAUCCUGGUGAACUUGGCCUUUUCCAACCUUCUUGUAUCGUCUGUCGGCUCCUUAACCACUUGCUGCACCUUCGCUGCGAGAUAUUUUAUCUUUGGACCGAUGGUAUGCAAGAUUGAGGGGUUUUUGGUCACACUUGGUGGUAUGGUCAGCCUGUGGUCCCUGGCUGUGAUAGCUUUUGAACGAUGGCUGGUCAUCUGCAAGCCACUGGGAAACUUCAUUUUCAAACCUGACCAUGCUUUAGGGUGCUGUGUGUGCACCUGGAUCAUUGCACUGAUUGCCUCAGCCCCCCCACUUUGUGGAUGGAGCAGGUACAUCCCAGAGGGGCUGCAGUGCUCCUGUGGACCAGACUGGUACACCACAAACAAUAAAUACAACAAUGAAUCCUACGUGAUGUUCCUCUUCUGCUUCUGCUUUGCCGUUCCGCUCAGCACCAUCAUCUUCUGCUACGCUCAGCUGCUCAUUACAAUGAAAAUGGCAGCCAGGGCCCAGGCCGAGUCUGCCUCCACCCAGAAGGCAGAGAAGGAGGUGACCAGGAUGGUGGUGGUCAUGGUGCUGGGCUUCCUGGUCUGCUGGUUGCCCUAUGCUUCAUUUGCUCUUUGGAUUGUGAACAAUCGUGGGCAGAGUUUUGAUCUGAGAUUUGCUACGAUACCAUCUGUGUUUUCAAAGUCUUCUGCAGUCUACAACCCUGUGAUCUACAUCCUCCUCAAUAAACAGUUCCGUUCAUGCAUGAAGAAGAUGCUGGGGAUGAGUGGAGGUGAUGAUGACGAGUCAUCGGCCUCCCAGUCAGUCACUGAAGUCUCUAAAGUUGGUCCUGCUUAGGCAGCAAAUCCACUUUUUAAUUUUUUUUUCAAACCACUGACACAUGGAUAACUGAUUUUUCUGUGUUGUAAAUAUUAACACCUGAUGAUGUUUACUGCUUUGAACUGCAUAGAAAAUGUGUGUUAUUCUUUUAGCUCAGCUACAUUGUUUUUGCACAGCAAAAGAAAAAAGGAAAAAA